CAUCCACAUCGCCCACCAUGAGACCCAUUCUGCUUUCCGGCCACGAACGUGCUUUGACGCAGGUGAAGUACAACCCGGAUGGCGACAUUAUCUUUUCCGUGUCCAAGGACCACGUCGUGUGCGCGUGGUUCAGCGCCAACGGCGAGCGGCUGGGCACGUAUCACGGGCACGUAGGCGCGCUAUGGACGGUCGACGUGGACCCGACGAGCACGCUGCUGGCGACGGGCGGAGCCGACAACACCAUGCGGCUGUGGGAGGUGAAGACGGGCAAGCUGCUGAAGACGUGGGAGUUUGAGACGUCGAUCAAGCGCGUCGAGUUCUCGCCCGACGGCAGGCAGCUGCUCGGCGUGACGGAGAAGCGUAGCGGCCACUUGUCGACGAUUGUCGUCUACGAGAUCAACCCGGACCCCGAGGCGGAGCAGACGAAUGAGCGCAGCUUGCGCAUCAUAUGCGAGGACUCCAAGGCGACGGUUGCCGGCUUCAGCUAUGGCGCCAAGUACAUUAUCUCGGGCCACGAGGACGGCACCGUCAGCCAGUACGACGCGAAGACUGGCGAUCAGCUCAACUUCAUCGAGGCCCACGAGAUUGACAUGCAGGUCACCGAUCUGCAGUGGGCGCCCGACCGGUCGUACUUCAUCACGUCGUCCAAGGACAAGACCGCGAAGCUCAUCGCGACCGACGACCUCCAAAUUCUGCACACCUACGUCACCGACACUCCGCUCAACUCUGCUGCCCUCACGCCGGUCAAGGACUUUGUCAUCCUGGGUGGUGGUCAGGCCGCCAUGGAUGUCACGACGACAUCGGCCCGCCAGGGCAAGUUCGAAGCGCGUUUCUACCACAAGAUCUUCGAGGAGGAGAUUGGACGUGUGCGUGGUCACUUCGGCCCGCUCAACUACGUCGCCGUCCACCCCAAGGGCACUGGAUACUGCUCGGGUGGUGAGGACGGUUACGUCCGCGUGCACCACUUCGACAAGCCGUACUUUGACUUCCUGUACGAGGUGGAGAGGGAGCAGCAGGCGAACCUGUAAGAAAUCAAAACCCAAGGAUUUCUUUUACGAGUGAGGGGGUAGUGAGAUGAUGAGCGGACUGCUGGAUGGAAGAAAGCUGUGGAGGAGGGCUUCGCGAGCGGAAAAAAAAAGAGGAUAAUUUUCCGCUGGAAGAGGGGUCGUUGCUGUGUGCCUUGUGGAUUUGGUUUUCUCACGAAAGCAUGCCCGGCGUUGGGUUGGGAUGGUUAGGCCCCUCUCUUGCGUGCAGCAGUGCAGGCAGGCCUGGGCCCCAAAAUUUCGGAAGCAAGCGAGUCCGUCUUUUUCUCGGACGUGAUCUUGAGGAGAGGAGGGAGUGGGGAAGUGCUAGUUGUGGGGAGGUAGCAGUAGACGCGGUGGGCGGAUGGCGGGGUGUUUUCGCACUAGAGAAAAGAGAGCUGUGUUCCGACGUCGGGUUCGAUUGACGAUUGCUGAGCGCGCGCUGUGAGUGUAUGGCAUGGCGCGCGGCG